AUGAGACUUGAUGAAAUGGGAAAUGAGUUCCGUGUUAAUAUCCGUGCUUAUAAUAAAAUUAAAAAUCCAUAUAACAGUGCUAUGCAAGAAGCUGCUCAAUUUCAAAUGCCUUAUUCUUUACGACGAUUAUUUGCAAUAAUAUUAGUAUUUGGGGAACCAGGAGAUGUACGAACUUUAUGGAAUGAUAAUUUUAUCAGUAUGUCUGAAGAUUUUGUAAGAAACAGAAUUUCCAGUAGUCAAUGUCUAAUCAACGCAGUUCUUCUUCAUAUUAAAAGUAUUCUAGAACAACAUCACAGAAAAUUAAAUGAAUUUGAUCUUUCAACACUUGAUCUAUCUAAAGAACAGAACCAGAAGAAUUACCAAGGUUAA